AUGCCUAUACGGAAACGGGGAUCGGCGCGUGACGAGGGGAUGCGGGGCCUCUCCGUCGCGGCAGGGGAAACGUCGCCGUCGUCCAUCGGCAGGAAUCGAUUAGCCUCACGCAUAUCCGAGGUGGCAUGGGAGAAAACUCGGCGUCACGGAGGCUUUGCGAGCGUUGUGGAUCCCCUUCUUUCUCUCCUUAUGAGACUUCGACGAGUACAGCUGUCUGUCGUUUACGCAUUGGAAGCAUUGGGAGUGGAGGGAAAUCAAUUAGGGCCUUACGGCUGUGCAUCUGUUGAUCGCGAAGGUGCCGGUACGCCAGAUAACACCGUCAGGGAUGACGAUUUGUUUCUAGGCGCCCCCAACCCCCUAGAGUGUUAUAUUAUGGCACACAAACACCGAAAGCCCUGUUUUGUGAAUAUAGGGGAGGGGCUAGAUAAUUUUACGCGAGAGACACAGGAAAAAUGUAUUGACGCUAUUCUUCGCUGGGUUGACGAUAGAUCACCGUGUGACGCAAUUUCAGAUGUGGAUUUUUCUCGUAGCAAGUUGGUUGCUUCUUUGACGGCGUUAGCGGAUGAUUCUCAUGUUACUACUAAUAAUCAUACUAGUAAUACUACUGAGGAGGGUAACGUCGCGGCUGCACCGCCGCUUCACAAGAAACGGCGAGGCUCCUCACAGACACUUGACGGUAGUAAUGUCCACUUUGGGCGGCACUGGAAACACUACGCUACACAGCUUCGAGAAGCACAUAGAUCGGAGCGUGCCGUGGUCAAAAGAUUUUGUGCUACAGGUAUUGGCAAGGGACUUUCUUUGUGCUCAAAACGGGGAAAAAUAGAAAGGGGUCAUGCGGUAUGUGUCACAACCCCUGGUGCGGUUUGUCUUCAAGGCAACUACAAUGACCUGACAAGGGCUAAGGAUGCCUUAGCGGGCUGUCAAAGGAACAUUACGGGACUGUUGUCAGAACUAGAGAGUACCAUUGAUGAAUAUGCGGAUCAGUCACAGAAGGUUGCCGAGUGUGAGGAAACUUUUUGGUCGAAUGUAAAGCUUGCUGAAUUGGAAAGCAAGGCGUUGCUGCAUCUGAGCCGUCGUAUCAGGUUUGUCGCGGGGUCACAUUAG